AUGAGUGCUCCUACGAAUAAUCAAGAAGUUCCCACACAAGGCCAUCAUGAGCCACAUCACUCUGAUGAAUUAUCACUUCCUGAAUAUACCAACCAAGACCCCAAUCCCCAAUAUAUUCCUGAACAACAAACCAUCGAAGAAGAUGCUCCUAAUCAGCACGAGUUCGAAAGUGAACUUGAACGUUUGCACUCGAACGAAACUCAAAGGUCAAAUUCUGGUCACAAUGGUCGCCCUGUAUCGACCGCCUAUUCGACCGCUUCUACUGCCUCUCACAUGAGUGUUGAAGAUCAGGAUCAAAUUUUGAAUGCAGAAAUGUCUGUUCAUUCUCAAUCUCUUCGUCGUCGUGGCACGAACAGAAGCAUUCGUAGUUCUAUGCGUCGUUCUAAAAGAAGCGCCAGCCGAAAAUCAAACAAGUCAUCCAAACAUGACAACAUUGAGGAGGAAAAGUUUCCCAACCAUGAUGAUGAACACCAAUUGGAUAAUUUCGGUCUUGUUGAGUUCAGUACUGAGUCUGCCAUCAGGGCUCCAGACAAUCCUAUCCAUAUUUUCGGAAGAAUGUUCCAAGUCAUUCAAAGACAAAGUUUUUUCAUUCGUUCCAUGAUUUAUAUUCUUCCCUUUGCAGUCUUGUUGCUGAUUCCCAUCUUUAUCGGUCGUUUUUAUCACCUCAAAACAAAUGACGGGUACAAUAAUCAGAUUCGCUGGAUCCAUAUUGGCGGUGUUCAGUUGAUGUGGAUGGCUAUUUGGUGGGAAAUUAUUUGGCUCAGUUUAUGGGCUGGUCGCUUUGCUGCAAAGCUACUUCCCUUCAUUUUUGCAUUUAUCGUAUCUUUUGUCAGCAACAAUGUUACAAAGUGGAAAUGUAUGGCAAUAGCUUUGGAAUUUCCUUUGACAUUGUUCCUAUGGAUGAUGGCCUGUUAUGUAAGUUUCCUCCCCAUCAUGACUCGGCACCAUGUCGGGGACGGCGGUGUGUUGGACGUGCAAAUGACGGCUCAAGGAAAACGUACUCAGCUACAGUGGGAAAAGAGUGCAAACAAUGUUCUGAUUUCCCUUUUUAUUUGCUCCAUUAUGAAUUUGGUUGAAAAGUUUUUAAUGCAGCUCAUUGCAAUGUCUCUACACAAACGCCAGUACGAAUCUAGAAUUUUGUUUAACAAAUUUGCAAUUAACGAGUUGGCUCACCUAUACGAUUAUGCUAGGACUCGCUCCUUUGAUUUUAAUGAUGCCAUUCAACGUGCUAAAAAGACUGGUCUCUUCAACUUUGCAGAAAAGGACCGUGGUGGAAAGACCGUAAAUACUGCAGCUCGAGUUGCUCAGAACGCUUUGAAUCAGACAACUUAUCGGGCAAUGGGUGCUUUUAAUUUCGCUCAUGAUAUGAUUAAUAAGGUUGCUGGUGAAAUUUCUAACCGUGAAAUUCAAGGCUCUACGUCCCCCAGAAAUGUUGUUCAGCAUUUGCUGAGAACUACUCGAGGCUGUCAGUCGUUAGCUCGUUGUCUGUUUCAAGCUCUGGUGAGACCUGGUAACAUUGAUAUUGUGUAUGAUGAUUUCGUCCCGGUUUAUAGAAACGAAUUUGAUGAAGUAGACCAAGAAAAGCUAAACGCAUGUUAUAAUAUCUUUGAUCGUGAUUUGAAUGGCGAUAUUACUUGUGAAGAGAUUGAACUAGCGAUUGUGGAGAUUGGAAAGGAACGAAAAAUCAUAUCGGCUUCUCUUCGUGAUCUGAAUGUAUCCAUCGGCAAACUAGACGCAAUUUGCAUGUUUUUUGUUGCUUUAAUUACUUUGUUCAUUUUCCUUUACUUGAUCGCUCGUAACUUUAGUGGUGUCUUAACUUCUGCCGGUACUUGGUUGUUGGGUCUUUCUUGGCUCUUUUCUAGCUCUGCAGUUGAAUUGCUUAAUUCCAUCAUUUUUGUAUUUGUUAAGCACCCUUACGAUGUCGGUGACCGAAUCAGCGUCUUGAUUAAUGGCGUUGUGACCCCAGCAAUGGUGAAAGAAAUCGCUAUUAUGUCUACAGAAUUUCGUUUGCUGACAGGUGAAAUUGUUCAAGCACCAAACAAUUUGCUUAACACACUAUGGAUCACGAACAUGCGUCGUAGUGAUGGGAUUUCCGAUCCAAUCACCGUUAGUCUGAAAUUUGGUACUACGUUGCAGCAAAUUGAGGCUCUUCGUGUGAAGCUGAUUGACUUCCUAAAAGAGGAAAAACGAGACUACAAGCCGGAUUUGCUUACUGAGGUAACUGACUUUCCCAAUCUGUACUCCAUGUCCUUGCUUGUAGUUUUUUUCCAUAAAUAUAACUUUCAAGAUGAGAUUCUGAGAAUGAGACGCCGUAACAUGUUUAUGUGUGCUUUGAUGACUUACCUUCAAGAAUUGGAUAUUGUGUCUCCAAUUAACAACGCCCCGGGUAAGACAAAAGAGUCACCUAUGUUCAUCAACGUUGGCAAUGGUGCCGCCGCCUUUGGAUCAAACCCAUUUGAUAAAACAAACGGAAAUAGACCAAGCGAAGGCCCACACGGAAUUUUAAGGAAUACCUCUGUACGCCAGCCUGUUCCGGAGGAAUCUUCAAGCUCCACUGACGUAGCUGAUAUGGAAAGACAACCUAGUAAGAAGCGCGUUGAUUUUUCGUUGGGAACUUCUCACAUAGUGAGUGCGAUGGAUGACAUUACUGAUAUAGGGAGCAGCGAUUUAAAUCGUGAACGUCUUCCUGACGUUGUUAUUGAAAGCGCUGGCACUGAUGCUAUGCGUCGUGAGACGGAAUUACGUAGACAACAGCAAGAAGAGGCAGAAGAAGAAGAAGAAGGAGAAGAGAACAAAGAAGAAAAUGAUGGAUCUGAAAGGUCUUCCCGAAGAUCUGGUCGCUUCAGUCUUUCGUCUCGUCGAAACCGCAACUCUGGUCGGGCUAGUGCAAAUACUUCGCCGGGUUUACGCAAUGUUGCUGUAGACGAUAUGAGGACUUCUCUGAUAGGUCAAAGUACCACUAGAUCUGCCCAUCUUUAA